UCCAAAUGCACUUGCAGUGUCAUUGAAUUUCGUCAGUGCACACACUCACAUGGCCUGUGGGAUGAUGCUGGUCUUACUGCUCUGAGAGAAUCUAAGUUCUCGUCACAAUGGGAGAGAUUACUCUCGAGGGAGCCAUUGGGCUAUUGGCAUCCGAGAAGCUGAGGGAACGCUCGGAUGGACUAGCCGAUCUUAAGCACAUCCUACGGCAGAAUAAAAAUAACAUCAGACUAACCGCACUCAAUGAUAAAGCUUGCCACAAGCUGUUCGAGUCAUUGUUUCGAUGCAUUUCGCUGGAGAAGACCCAGUAUACGCGCGCGAGCUCCAAAGGGGCUUCUGCUUCGCGCUUGUCAUCAUGCGCAUCCGUUUUUCGCACUGCUAUCGAUACUCUCCUGCGAAAUCUGCGAGCAAAGUCGAUCCGCGCGAUAGUUGAUCAUGUCACAGAGACCAUCCCGACUCCUGAAGCUCCUCUAUCUAAGAUACUCGGUUUGGAUUAUGUCAAAAGCUUGACUACCUUACUGAGUUUUCCUCCCCAUCUGGAACACCUUGGCGAUAAUGAAUGGGACAAGCUUAUGGAGUUUUGCCUACGAUUCGUAAGCUCGCACGAUAGUGACAGCCAAGAAAGUUUCCACAGCCAUCAUUUGUCUGCUCCGGACAGCUUCAUAACUUCUCCGAAAAGGAUCCCAACUCCAUCCAGGUUGUCUUCCAGGGAAAAUUCUAGACCAGAUACAAAUGCUAUUACAGAGGCUAUCUUAUGUGUUCGGCUUCUUGUUGGGUGUCCAACAGCCUCGUUCCUUGAGUCAGCCGAGGAAAUUCUUCAGGAAUUGACAAAAGCUCUGAGGUCAUCAAGUCUGGCUGGAAGUGGCUAUCAAGUUGCUCUUGAUUGCAUAAAUCGGAUUGUAAUGAAGGUAUUGCCAGAACAGUCAGACAUUGCUCGGACAUCGUUGCUUAACCUUAUGCCGGUUAUUAGACGACUGUGGUUCAAAAAGCUUCAAGGUCUAAAGGAUGAACUCAUUGUUACGUCUAUGCUAUGCGUAAUUAGUUUGACUGAAACAGCCCACAGAGAGCCUUCCGAGUCUCUAAUCCAGACGAUUGAAGAUUUGCUGGUGACUCUGCAUGCGGAGUACACAAAGCGUCCAGAGAAGGAUCUUUUGCAACUAGACGAUAUCUCUUUUCAUCGGCACACCUCAACCGAACAACAAAAAUACUUCAUCUGGCCUCGCCUCGAUGCCUCCAAAUCAGAGCAUAAUUGGACCGUUUUGUGGGUCGUAGCCAAGCUGAUCGCGCUAUUAGAGGAUACUUCUGUACGGCUGCCUACUGCUUCUUUGGAUCAGUUACCAACGAAAAAGCGCCGCCUGGCUUCGAUGUCCGAUGAGAUCGUGCGAGAAACAACAACGUCGUCAGGUGCAAAGAGGGUUUGCGCCUUGCAGUUACUACCUUUUCUCCACAACUGUUAUGGGAGCAUUGAGUCGAAGACUGCGCUACUCGAAAGAUUGAUUCCUAGUAUGGUUGAUGAUGACAGUACCAUUUCUAUAUGGACGAUGGUUGCUAUUGCAAGUAUCGCAAGCAGUCCUGGUGCAGGCUCAAUGUCGCUGAGACCUUACUGGGAGCAGGUAUGGGAUCUUGCGUCUAGAGCUUCAGCCUCGCACGUAACCUCUAGAGCAGCUUGCAACGUCAUGCACAAUGUUCUUCACUUUGAUCUUCUAGACUACCCUGUGGUUGUUCAGUCGAUAAAUUCGAUGCUGUCUCCUAGUAAUUUGGACGGACCAUCUGCUCUCUCCGAUUCAUCCCUAGCACUUUGGGCCACAAUUAUCCGUAAAACGGCGCAGAUUAAUCCAGGCCUCGUCACGAAAGCCUCGAGUCAAAUAUCAUCUUGGCUUCACAGCGCGGAAAUUUAUAACGUCCAGGAUUUACUUCGAUUAAAGUCUUUUGCGCGGCCUGACCCGAACGACCACAUUAUUCUUGACUUACUGCAUACGAAAUCCGAGAGUCUCUGGCAAGCAUGGCAGUCAUUGUCAACAGAAAAGUCACAUCACAUCACUACCGACAUAGUACAGAUAAUUGUGUCCUUUUGCCUCGCGGUUGCCCUGUACACAGAAUGUCUGCCAGAACAAGUCAAAGAGCGAGCGUCUGGCUUACUCAGGAAUAGCCAGUUGCUGUGGAAAGGCUUAUAUGCUCUAUACAGCUUGUUAGAUCCCCUCGCGGAGAUCUUGGAAGAGUCUCGACAGCGGCAGAAACAACUAGUGGAGACUCGUGGUGAAGAAGCGAUGGACCUGGAUGAUCCAUUACUCACAGAUGAUAACGACCAAUUGGCAGAUAUCACCGGCAUACUAAACAACAAUCGAGAAGCAGUGCCGUUGUUCCAGGAUAGUGCAACAUUUCAGCGCUGUCUUACCGUGCAAGUAUCGUGCUUCCGAAAGAUUCACCCCUACUUGAAAUCUCCUGACAAUUUGCUCAAUAGCGAGGAUCUUGUUGAAUAUUUGACUCAUCUUGACGAGGUCGACAUACUAUCUGCUCGGGAUUUCCUACCCUAUGUCUAUCAAGCCAGUGCUGGUCUAAGUCGCGAUUCAUUGCUAAGCAUACUUGAGGAUCUCGCCGAAAAGUGCCUCCAGUCUUACGGAUUGGAACGCUGCGAAAACUCCCACCUUGUUUGUCUCCGUAUGAUGCAGAGCUUUGCCAAAUCAUGGACUAGGCAGGAGGAUGAUCAUCUCUAUGAUUCGGCGACUGACAUAUACACGUGGUUCGUGGAUAUUCUCCUCGCAAAGAGAAGAGCCUCCCCCUCUGUUCUUAUUGGGAUGACAGAGCUGGUGGGAGACAUUCUUUCACACAAUUCUGCGUAUACAUGCGGCUCAGCAACUCCUUCUCCUCGUACCUGUCUAUUCACAAUACUCCGAGAAGGAAAUGCUUCCGUGAUAUUCAGGGCUGGCGAAUUGAUUCCACAGCUUUUCGGCAGGUUCUCGCUAACGGACCAUGAUGCCAUAUUCAGUGACGUCUUAAGCAACCUACCCCGAGAUCCAGACUGCAUUGAAGGGAUCGCUCUUCGUCUCUUCAUUUUAGCUCGCCUUGCUUCACAGUGGCACACGUUGCUUCGUAGGAGUAUUUAUCACAUGGUGGAGACUCCUGCUCAUGUUCCACUCUCCCUACGUUAUGCUGAAAAGUGCAUCAAGGAGGUUGCGGCAACACUUGGGCUCAAGGAUGCCAAGGAGCUAUUUCACCUUUUUUGUUCUCAAAUCAUAUACACAUGGACCGAAGGGCAGUCCAUUACUUUGUUGCCUUUCAGUGUGUUCGAAUAUGCCAGCACCAAGGAGAUGUUGAUCGAUGUGCAAGACGAGGCUGUCGGUCAGGUCAUGAUGCGUUGGAAUGAGCGUGAGGCGGAUGAGCUCGCGACUUGUACCGACUCGCCGUUCAUUGAACUUUUAGCUACGUCGUUCUACCGAGCAGAGGCUUACAGCAUUGCCCGCGACAUCAGCGUUCCUCCUAGCCAAGGAAGUCAGCCAAAGGGCGUGGAGAAGCUGCUGAAAAACAUGCUAGGUGCAGAAAGAUUCAUACAGUUGGUCGAAAGGCAUUUUCCAGCAAUUAUAGCAACACUUUUUGGAACUCUCGAUCAAUACGAUCAAUUUGAAAGAGCACUUCAGAAGCAAGGCAAAUAUCGGCAAGCCCUUGAAAUCCUGAAUUCGAUCGUCGACAGGAGUUGCUCGAGCGCCGUUUUACCAGUGAAUCAGCAGCCGUCAUUCAGGGCUCGUUAUCUCCUGGAUGAGCUUGAAUUUAUCUGCAAACGUAGUGGAUAUGAGCCAGCGACCAUCUGGACCCCUGCUUUGGCGACUUACGUUUGUCGCACCCUGCUAGAGUCUAUACAUCCGGCUCUUGGCUCUCUUCACGCAUGCUCUGUAAUUCGGAAGAUGAGGAUCCUGAUUAGUAUUGCAGGCUCUGUCAUGCUGCGGGAUUACCCCUUCGAGAUGAUUGUUCAUGCCCUGAGACCAUAUCUGGUUGAUAUAUUCUGCGCUGAAGAUGCACUUGGCAUUUUCUGGUAUAUGCUAGAUGCGGGAAAGGGUUAUUUGAGCGAUUGCCCCGGUCUCAUGGCUGGCAUUGCGGUUACAACCAUGCUCUCAUUGAGAAGAUUCGUCGCCUCGCCACCGACGGAUCCAACGCAGAUGGACCUCAUACAGCGGGUCCUGUGCAGGAUAGAAGAGUUUCUCCAGUGGUUCGAAGCACUUGUAGAUUCUUAUGAGUCUUCGGCUAUGAGUGCUGAGCAGUCUGAGUUGUUCAAACUGUUGAUGAAAUCAUGCUCAGCAAUGACCCAUUCGGAGAGCGAGGCACAAGGUGAACAUGAGCAUACAUUGCUUCUGCAUGUUCUUGGUGAUCGAAACUCUGGGAACAGCCUUCUCAGCAGGCAUGUGUCCAAUCAUGUUAUAUCAUUGUUAUGCGCCAAGGAUGAUCGUCCGUCAGACCACAUCCAGCACUUUGAUAUGAAUACAAGCGAUGAGGCGGCAAUUGCGAGCGCUGUGUCAGUCUGUCAGGCCGUACAAAAGUUUGAUUGCCGUGUCGAAUACAAAAUUUGGGCUGCUAAGGUCAUUGGGAAAGCUUUCGCUGCCACAGGUAGCAUUAGCGACGCUCUAUCAAGAGAACAAGAUCCCGCAUUAUUUGAGACACUACACCCUCGAGCAGGCCUGGACUCAGCAUUUUCCUCCCGGAUCAGCAUCCUCGUACAACUUUGCGAUAUGCUUCAGAAUAGCAGCCAUACCGAGGUCGGUCUUAUUGAACAUACAAUGCAACGGAUUUUCAGCAAUUUAAGCAACUUCUCCGAGCUUGACCAAUGCCGCAACAUCAUCCCGCCUUCUCUUCUCAACGCUUUGACGUGGGAUCCUUAUCACUGCCCUGAUAUCUCUGCGCGCUAUUUAAAAAAGAGCACUGCCAACGAGCUAGGGUGGGAUGCUACUGUUUCAGUAGUUGACUUCGCUAAAGAUGUUGGAUUAUUCUUGUCCAAAGCAGCUUCCGAAGAUCCUGUCAUUGGACCAUUGUAUAUCUUGUUGGAUGUGAUGCCGAAUCUAGCAGCGCAGAUUUUGCCGCAGAUUCUUCAUGAAGUGUUGUUGGCUGACCUUCACGGUGAGAUAAAAAUUCGUCAUACAGUCUCCGAGGUUUUCAAAAAGGUGCUUCGACAGGUUAAGGACGAAAAUAUACCUCAUGCACGGCUUGUCUUGAAUUGCAUCCUUUAUUUGAGGAACCAGCCCAGGCCAGAUGAAUCGACUAUUGUAGAACGAGAUGAAUGGCUCGAUAUUGACUUUGCUGAGGCAUCCUCCGCAGCCAGCCGAUGCUUUCUGCCAAAGACCGGGCUCUUGUUUCUCGAGAUUUGCGCUUCACGUCUGGCUUUAACUUCUCGUCGGUCUUCACUCGCUAAAUACGAAGCUCCUUCAGAUAUCUUACACGCCCUAUAUCAAGAGAUUGACGACCCAGAUAUCUUCUACGGUAUUCAGCAGGAUUCGUCUUUGGAAGCCGUUAUGGGUAAGCUCGAACACGAAAGCUCUGGCCUGAAAAAUUUGUUGUUUCAAAGUGCACAGUAUGAUAGUGAGAUCCAGAUGGGCGGGACCGCGAAUGUCCACAGUGUCUUAAAAGCACUCCAUUCGACAAAUCUCCAAGGAAUCGCAAACUCGGUCUUUGCGGCUUCUGGGAACUCGAGAGAUACUUCGCUUUCGCUCGAUAGUAUGCUUCAGACAGCAACCAGUCUCCGACAGUGGGAUAUCCCUGUCUCGCCUUUACACGCAUCUCCGGCUGGAGCAGUCUUUCGGACCUUCCAGAGCCUCAGCAUGUCGAGGACUAUCGCUGAUGUCUCCACCUCCAUUAACGAGUGCCUCCUGGACAGUCUAGAAUUAUUGAAUAGCAGCAGUCGAUCAGUGAGCGAUCUCAGGACUACCAUGAGGGUCUUGGGAAUUAUGACAGAAGCAAGUGACGUUCUGGGAACAAAGUCGACCGAAGAAAUCAAUCAGGAGUGGCAGAGGAUAGUCUCUAGGAAUUCUUGGUUGAGAACCACUAGUCCGGAUGAGGUUGGCGAGAUUUUGACAUGUCGCGAGGCACUUUUUACUACAAUCCGGCAAAAGGACUUAUUGAAGUCUGCAAUCAACCUAUCCGACUCAGACGCGCUGUUACUAGAAAUUAAGGUUCUUCGUCAAUCGCUCGAAAUUGCACAUAGCCACAAUCUAUCUCAGGCUUCGCUAAAAAUCGCGUUUUGUCUUCAGAAGCUUGCAUCUCAAAGCGCAUUACUAGGUCAUGACACCGAGGGAGCGGCGAAGUUCGACCUGGCCCAUGUGUUUUGGGACCAGGGCGAAAUGGCCGCGUCAAUCGAAAUGCUCCGGCAGCUCAAAGAUAGAAACGAUCUGCAUAAGCAAGCCGUUCCUAUAAGCCGUGCAGAACUUCUCGUUACCCUGGUAAGUCGAGAAGGAGGUCACCGUACUGCGCAAGCGCGCUUGGAGAAGCCUGAAACGAUUAUCCAAGAUUACAUGUCGGUGGCAGUCAAGGAACUUAAACAACGCUCCAGAGGCGAGGAUGUUGGCCGAGUAUAUCACGGCUUUGCAAUGUUCUGUGACCAGCAAUUACAGAACCCAGACGGCCUAGAAGAUUUCAGGCGCGUCGAACAACUUCGAAAUCGCAAAGAACAAGAAGUUGUAGCGUUGGAAGAAAUGAUGGCUACGGUGUCAGGCAGAGAAAGAGAAACUCUCAGAUUUCACCGAUCGAAAACGAAGCAGUGGUUUGACCUCGAUGAUCGGGAAUACCAACGUCUCCUGCGCAGUCGGGAGGCUUUCCUUCAACAAUGCCUUGAGAACUAUCUUCUGUGCUUGAGAGAGAGCGAGUCAUACAACAAUGAUGCUCUUCGCUUUUGCGCAUUAUGGCUUGACAAAUCGGAUAAUGCGAUUGCAAAUAUGGCCGUGUCGAAGUACCUUCAGCAGGUCCCCAGUCGCAAAUUUGCCCCUUUGAUGAACCAGUUGACGUCCCGUCUUUUAGACAUUUCCGACGAGUUCCAAAAAAUGCUCUUCGCAUUGAUUUAUCGAAUCUGCGUUGAACAUCCAUUCCAUGGCAUGUACCAGAUUUUCGCGUGCAGCAAAUCCAAGGGUGGCAGAGAUGAAUUAGCUUUGUCUCGUUUUCGAGCAGCCAACAAGCUGGUACAGGGCUUAAGAAUUGAUAAACGCAUGGGUACGACCUGGGUCAAUGUCCACAAUGCCAACAUCACUUAUGUGCGGUUUGCGGUUGAGAAGCCCGACGACAAGUUGAAGAGUGGUGCCAAAGUGCCAUUGAAGAAACUGUCCACUGGACAACGCCUCGAACAGGAUGCAGCCGACUUGAAACUGCCACCACCAACCAUGAGAAUAGAUAUUCGCCUGGACUGCGACUACAGUGACAUACCUAGGCUCCAGGGAUACCAGCCCCAUUUCACCAUCGCCUCUGGUGUCAGUGCCCCGAAAAUUGUGACGGCAAUUGCCAGCAAUGGUCGACGAUACAAGCAAUUGUUCAAAGGAGGGAAUGAUGACCUCCGGCAGGAUGCCAUCAUGGAACAGGUUUUUGAGCAAGUCAGCAGCCUCCUCAAAGAUCAUCAAGCUACUCGACAACGGAACCUGGGCAUUCGUACCUAUAAGGUCCUUCCUCUAACCUCAAACGCUGGCAUCAUUGAAUUUGUUCCCCAUACAAUUCCGCUUCACGACUAUCUGAUGCCGGCACAUCAGAAGUACUUCCCCAGGGACAUGAAACCGAACAUCUGUCGUAAGAAUAUCAGCGAUGUUCAAACAAGGUCAUUCGAGCAGAGAGUGCGAACGUAUCGGCAGGUAACGGAGCAUUUCCACCCAGUGUUGAGAUUUUUCUUUAUGGAGAAGUUUAACAAUCCCGACGAUUGGUUCAGCAAGCGGCUGGCCUACACCCGGAGCACUGCGGCCAUCUCGAUUCUCGGGCAUGUGCUUGGCUUGGGUGAUCGACACGGUCAUAAUAUCCUACUGGAUGAGAGGACUGGCGAGGUUGUUCAUAUCGACUUGGGAGUCGCUUUCGAACAAGGCCGAGUGCUUCCAGUGCCUGAGGUUGUACCUUUCCGCCUAACACGCGACCUAGUUGACGGGAUGGGGAUCAGCAAGACCGAGGGUGUUUUCAGGCGCUGUUGCGAGUUCACUCUCGAUGCCCUGCGUCAAGAAUCAUAUAGCAUCAUGACGAUUCUAGAUGUCCUCCGAUACGACCCGCUGUACAGCUGGACAGUUUCCCCACUGCGGCUGAACAAAAUGCAAGAUGCACAGAAUGCCGCGGACGAGGAUGGACCUCCAGUCAUCACCGGCAAUAUGGAUCAGCGAUCUGCAAACGAGCCAAGCGAAGCAGACCGCGCGCUCACCGUGGUUGCCAAAAAGCUGGGCAAGACGUUGAGUGUAACGGCCACUGUCAACGAACUCAUCCAGCAGGCUACAGAUGAGAAGAACCUUGCGAUGCUAUACUGCGGCUGGGCCGCAUAUGCAUAAGGCUCGUGGAAUUUAAGAAGCUCCCAUGGAUUGCAUGAGAACUCGUAGCAUGUUGGGAUGUGCAUCAUUUAUGGAUCGGUAUCGAGCUGUUCGGAUAUUUGGUGGCAGAUUCCAGCUAGUACUAGUAUAUACUUUGUAUUUCUUUUACCACGAUAUCGAUAGUCUCAACAUAAAUCUCCGUAUAUCUCAUCCGAAAAUAUACUGGCAGGAAUUGGAGCGGUCCAGUUGAGAGAUUCCAGAGUCAUCC